CCUGGUUGAAGAAGAGGCCACAAUGUCUGCUACAUCUUCUCUCUUUUAAAACAGUUUAAAGCUGUGAUGGACACAUUUUAGGUUCAGAGGGGGAAGUACAUGGCUGCCAAUAUGUGCUGGACACUACAUGUCUUCUGAUAUCCAAAAGACAAAGACAUAGAACAUUCCUUCAAAGGAAAGAAGGCUCUACAAUCUCCUGUGAUGAACUUCUUCUGAGAGUGAAAGGUAUCAUGGUCAAUUCAAGCCAGAUUCCAUAUUUCAUACUGACUGAAUACCUGGACAUGGGCUAUCUGAAGUACUUAUAUUUUGUGAUUGUUUUGAUGCUGUACAUUGUGAUUGUGGUUGCGAAUGCUUUGCUCAUUGUAACUAUUUGUAUGAAGAGGAGCCUACAUGAGCCUAUGUAUGUGUUUCUGUGUAGCCUGUUGGUUAAUGAACUGUAUGGUAGUGCUGGUCUAUUUCCAUUCCUCCUGCUGCAGAUCACCUCAGACAGUCACACCAUAUCUAGAUCCAUGUGUUUCCUUCAGAUCUACUGCUUGUAUACGUAUGCAUCUGUGGAGUUUAGUAACCUGGCUGUGAUGUCCUAUGAUAGGUACCUUGCUAUCUGCUGUCCUCUGCAUUAUAAGGCUCGGCUGACCUCUAACAAGGUGGCUCUGUUCAUCGCUCUCGUAUGGCUGUACUCUCUUAUCAAGUUCCUAGUUUCUCUAUUUCUGACUUUCCAUUUAAAACUCUGUGGGAACGUCAUGGGCCGACUAUACUGUCAGAACUACUAUGUGACCAAACUUGCGUGUUCUGACACCACAGUAAAUAAUAUUUGGGGAAUUGUUACAACAUUUCUGACCAUUUUUGUUCCAUUGAUCCCCAUCCUGUUCUCCUACACCAAGAUCCUCAGGGUUUGUGCCAUUGGUUCUAAAGAGACCAGACAGAAAGCAGUCAGUACCUGCAGCCCCCACAUCGCCUCCCUGAUCAAUUUCUCUUUUGGGUGUUGUUUUGAAAUAUUUCAGAGUAGAUUCAAUAUGACCGGUGUUCCCAGGAUAAUACGUAUCGUUUUAUCGCUGUACUUUCUCGCCAUCCAACCAAUCUUUAACCCUAUCAUUUAUGGACUGAGGUUAUCUAAAAUAAGACAGAUGUGUGGGAAUCAGUUUUUCUGCAAGAAAUUAUAGUUAUUGGUUUUGUAAUAACUUCACAUAUAUUGAUAAGAACGAUACUUAAUGCGAUUCAUAUAUAUUCGUGUAGGAUAGGUCAUUUUUUACUUUUAUUAUUUGCAAUUAGUUGCACGGUAUAUCCAUGAUUUUGCCUUAAAAGCUGUAGUAGGUCAGAUUUAAGAGUUGUGAAGAGAAUGUGAUACAUUGGCAAGAUGAAUUCCUCUAGCCAAUCAGGAAAGAGAUGCCCUGAUUGGUCAGAAAUUAGCCAGGAUAAGUCUUAAAUCGUAAUAGUCUAGCUUUUGAAUCUGAACUACAACAUCUUAAACCGUGCAUUAAUAAAAGAAAUACAAUAUUGUUCGUGUUGUCUUACAUUUGCCCAUUUCUCCUAGUAAACGAGUGUUUUUCACAGCUGUAGACCCUAGUCAAACUAUCUAAAGAGCCACUUCAAAUUGUACUGACCCUUCUGUGGUCACUGGAUUAGAAACACAGACCAUGAUGUAAACUGAUUUCAUCUAGUUGCAUGGAUCCAAACCUAUUCCCUGGUUUUAAAUCUGUGUAUUUUGAAGAACUUCAAAAUCCUGAAUUGCCAUUUGGAAAUGGGACAUUAUUGCAUAAACUUGUUUCAUAUCCAAUAUUUUAUUGAUAAAGGUUGAA